AUGGGUCAGAUCCAGUACUCCGAGAAGUACUUCGACGACACCUACGAGUACAGGCAUGUGGUUCUACCUCCUGAAGUGGCCAAACUUCUUCCCAAGAAUCGCCUUCUCUCUGAAAACGAGUGGCGUGCGAUUGGGGUGCAGCAGAGCAGAGGGUGGGUCCACUACGCAAUCCAUCGACCAGAGCCACAUAUUAUGCUCUUCAGGAGGCCUCUGAACUAUCAGCAGCAGCAGGAGAAUCAGGCUCAGCCAAACUUGGCUGUCUAGUGAAAUGUCACUCUCUGUCCCUUUCUAAUCCUUCUUAAAAUUACUAUAUCUUCAUUUCUGAUAGAAAUGAAUUCUAUGAUGUGUGUUACCUGGGAUUUGAGGUUCGGAUAACUUUGGAACUGCUUUUGGUAUGUGAUUCUCUUAACUCCGGAGAAUUUCAUACGGAACCUUUUGUUGGUUGACUCUGAUGUCACUAGUACUUUGGCAGUGUAAUAGUGUUAUGACUCGGGGAACCCUGGCGUAUUAUUGUUGCAUUUCGUGUGUGGAUUACAUUGCUGGGGUAUAUUCCAGUUCAGUUUGUUUUCUUAUAUUGCGUGUGUUAUGUGAUUAUACUUUGGUUUUCAUUU